AUGCCAUCAUGGAUCUCACCACCACCUCCACCGCCCGAACACCCUCUCAUUCGCUCCUAUAAUUCUCUAAAAGCCCGGAUAUCGGAUGUUACCUCUUUACCACCUUCUGCGAUUGAUAUUCUACUUCCGUCCAUUACCGCUGCGACAGCGACUUUGACAUUAGUGUAUCUCUAUCGAAACUUCUUUAAGCGAUAUCCCGAUUCGAAUUCACUACCUCCACAGUUUUUCCGACGUAAAGGGUUGUAUGGGAAGGUUGUCAGUGUGGGUGAUGCAGAUAACUUUCGUUUGUUUCAUACACCUGGUGGACGAUGGACCGGUUGGGGUUGGUUACGGCAGAUACCCGAGGGAAGGAAGAUGCUGAAGGGACAAACGAUUCACAUUCGAAUAGCCGGUGUCGACGCCCCCGAAGGUGCUCACUUCGGUAAACCCUCACAACCACACUCCUCCGAAUCCCUAAGCUACCUCUCAAACCUUCUCACCUCCCAUAACGUCCGUGCCCAUCUCCUCCGUCGCGACCAGUACGAGCGUGUCGUAUGCUCUGUUUCUAUGAAACGGAAGGGAAUUCUGGGGUUACUCGGCUUUAAACAUGAUGUUGGGUUAUUAAUGCUUAAAACAGGCAUGGCGCAGGUCUACGAAGGUACCUAUGGUAUAGAAUUUGGGAAAAGUCAGGGGAUGGAAGAGAAAUAUAGAGCCGCUGAAGAGGAAGCUAGAGCUAAGAAGCUGGGCAUAUGGGGGUUGAAGGGGAAAUAUGAAAGUCCUGGACAGUAUAAAGCGAGAUUUGGAGGGAAGGAAGGACCGUUUACUCCAAGUACUGCAAUUGCGGACAAGGGGAAGGAGAGCACAGGCGAGAAGGUUAAAGGGAAGAGAGGUGUCAGCAGCAGUAGUGCCGCUGUUAAGCUAAAGGUAGAAACCAGGGGGAGAAAGAGAAAAGCCCCGUCAGCGGCGACGGUGACAACGGUGGCUAAGGUUGUAAAAAGGAGGAAGAGCGAUAAAGGCGACAAAUAA